AUGGCGCAGGCGCCACUCAAACCCUUGAUCGCAAUCGUCGGCGCGACCGGAACUGGCAAGUCAGAUUUGGCAGUGGCAAUAGCGCGCAAAUUCAACGGAGAAGUCGUCAAUGGCGAUGCGAUGCAGCUCUAUCGGGGCUUGCCAAUCAUUACCAACAAGAUCACGCAGGAUGAGAUGAUGGGAAUCCCGCAUCAUCUCCUGGGCUGCAUCAGCCUGGACGAAGAGACCUGGACUGUCGGCAAAUUUGUGGGCGAAGCUCUUGGUGUGAUUGAAGAGAUCAGGAGUCGCGGGAAGCUACCGAUCCUUGUUGGCGGAACCCACUACUACACUCAAUCACUCUUAUUCCAGGAUGCCCUUGCAGAUGAAUCUGCUUUGGAUCUAAAAGAAAAUAGCAGACAUUUCCCAAUCUUGGACGAACCUACGGAGAAGAUUUUGGCAGAAUUGAAAGAAGUGGAUCCAGUCAUGGCGGACCGAUGGCAUCCAAAUGAAAGGCGGAAGAUCCAACGUUCGCUUGAGAUCUACCUCAGAACUGGGAAACCAGCCUCGCAAAUCUAUGACGAACAGCGACGAAGCCGAGAGGUGCCACCUGGACCAGACGGAGCUAUGACCAGCAGCAGCUCGGGCUUACGGUUCCCCACCCUUCUAUUCUGGGUUCAUACGAACAAAGAUGUGUUGUACCCGCGGUUGGAUGCGCGAGUGGAUAAAAUGAUCAACCGGGGCCUUCUCUCUGAAGUACAAGAGCUCACAAACUUCCGUAAAAGCUAUGAAGCUCGUACAGGGACCCUCAUGGAUCAGAGUCGCGGAAUCUGGGUGUCUAUUGGUUACAAAGAGUUUCUAGAUUAUCAGCAAGCUCUCUCCCAGGAUGCACCGGAUCUUGAGAAGACAAGCAUUACAGCUAUCGAGAAGACUCAGGCAGCUACCAGGCAGUAUGCGAGCCGGCAGAUUAAAUGGAUUCGCAUUAAGCUUCUGAACGCGCUGUUUGGCGCAGGCCAAAAGAGCAAGAUAUUUCUUGUCGAUGGCUCUGACCUUGCCCGAUGGAACGAACAAAUUACAAGCCCUGCCACAUCUAUAACUGAACAAUUUCUCUCCGGCCAGCCACUCCCGGAUCCGUGUACGUUGUCGCCGGCCGCUGCUGAGAUGCUCACUCCAAAGCGCGCAUAUGACCUAGGUCAGCGACCAGAUCUGUGGCAAAAGAGGGUUUGCGAGAGUUGCGGGACGGUUGCGGUCACUGAAAAUGACUGGGAACUGCACAUCAAAAGUCGUACACAUAGGAGGGCUGUAGGCGUAAAGAAGAAGCGGGAGAACACCAAAGAAUCGUUGAAACAAGAUCGCACGGCUGUACAACCAGAUUUGGUGGAUGUUUUCGAAUCGUACAUGGAGACUUUCCCACAUGAUGGACAGUCGAAUCAGACUUGA